AUAGAGAUGACAAGCGCGGCGUGGGCCGCGGCGCCUGCCGGGAAGGGAGCGGCGUGCGGCGGCCUCGCAGCUUCACCGGGCGGCGGCGGCGCCGAGCCUGAGGGAACGGGCGGGCCGGCGCCAUGUCGGGAGGGAGCAGCGCCGGCGAGUGGUGCCUCAUGGAGAGCGACCCUGGCGUCUUCACGGAGCUCAUCAAAGGCUUCGGUUGUAGAGGAGCACAAGUUGAAGAAAUAUGGAGUUUGGAACCAGAGAACUUUGAAAAAUUGAAGCCAGUGCAUGGACUGAUUUUCCUUUUCAAGUGGCAGCCUGGAGAGGAACCAGCAGGUUCUGUUGUUCAGGAUUCCAGACUGGAUACAAUAUUUUUUGCUAAGCAGGUAAUCAAUAAUGCUUGUGCUACCCAAGCCAUAGUAAGUGUGCUGUUGAAUUGUGCUCAUCAAGAUAUCCAUCUAGGAGACACUUUAUCAGAAUUUAAAGAAUUUUCACAAAGUUUUGAUGCUGCAAUGAAAGGUUUGGCACUAAGCAACUCAGAAGUAAUUCGGCAAGUUCACAACAGUUUUGCCAGACAACAGAUGUUUGAAUUUGAUGCAAAGUCUUCAGCAAAAGAAGAAGAUGCAUUUCACUUUGUAAGCUAUGUUCCUGUUAAUGGACGGCUGUAUGAACUCGAUGGCUUAAGAGAAGGACCUAUUGAUUUAGGUGCAUGCAAUCAAGAUGACUGGAUAAGUGCUGUACGGCCCGUCAUAGAGAAACGGAUACAAAAAUACAGUGAAGGAGAGAUAAGAUUUAAUUUGAUGGCUAUUGUGUCUGACAGAAAGAUGAUAUAUGAGCAGAGGAUUGUGGAAUUACAGCAGCAACUUGCAGAGGAGGAGCCUAUGGAUACAGAUCAAAGUAGUAAUAUGUUAAGUUCUAUACAAUCAGAAGUUGCAAAAUACCAGAUGUUAAUUGAAGAAGAAAACCAAAAAUUAAAAAGAUACAAGAUUGAAAACAUUAGAAGAAAACAUAACUACCUGCCUUUCAUCAUGGAAUUACUAAAGACUCUAGCAGAACACCAACAGUUAAUACCAUUAGUAGAAAAAGCAAAAGAAAAACAGAAUGCCAAGAAAGUUCAGGAGGCCAAGUGAAGAUGUCUUUACAAAAUGCAUACAAUUAUGUGCUUCUGAAACUGUUUUCAUGACAACAAAUAAAACUUUUCAUAAAACUUUACAUUUUGUCCAGCGCAGUUUGACAAUUGUAACAUUUUGUCUUGUACUGUAUGCACGGGUCUGAUUUUCUUCCUUCUCUGCAUCUUGUGCAUGUAGUACUGCUAAGUAAUGUUUAGGUUCUCUUCGUCAAGUUCAGUAUUUAACAGUCUUUCCAGAUUUCUGAAAGCUUGGGAGGUGGACCUAAAAAUGUGCAAGGAAAAUGUACCCAUUUUGUCCCACUUGAAUAUAUGAUAAUGAUUGCAAAUGCCAGAAUUACAAGCAUGAGCUUUCUUUGCUCAUCCCUACUAACAAUUAUAAUACUAUCCAGUUGUUCAGUGAUAUACCUUGUGGUUUUGUUUUUAUGAAGUAUGUGUCUAAUUUUUUUACAAAAUUGAAAAGUAUUAAUUCAGUUGUUGAAACAUUUGCAAAGACCAGUGUAUAAUCUCAAGAGAUCUGCAUUGCUUUAGUAGAAAAAAAAAAUAAAUAUUCCUGUUUUUAUUUUGGCAAA